CAGAACUCUGUGAAUAAACACAGAAAUUGAAAGGGAAAAAAGGAUUUUAUUUAUUGUUUCUUUUAAAAAAUAACAGGUUGAUCCCAAUCGGUUGAAAUUUUGAAAAGUAUAGUGAACUCAAUUCACAUGCGCUUGGUUAUCCUAUGAAAGAAACAUAUAGUACACAGGAUAUCGAUUGGCAAAGGUCUUCUCAAUGGAUAAUUAAAAAGGAAGACUUGGAAUACACGCCUUCUGCUCUCGAUGGAAUUCCUUUGGUUCAGGAAGAAAUCCAGAGGUCCAAAGGUUGUAACUUUAUCAUCAAUGUUGGCUUAAGAUUAAAAUCUCCUCAAAUUACAUUAGCGACAGCAAAUGCUUAUUUUCAUCGGUUUUAUCUUCGGUUUUCCUUAAAGGAUUAUCACUAUUACGAUAUUGCAGCAACUUGUAUCUUUUUGGCAAGCAAAGUAGAAGAUUCCAAUAGAAAAUUGAGAGAUAUCAUUAUCAACUGUGCGAAGGUUGCUCAAAAAAACAACAAUAUCUUGAUUGAUGAGCAGACCAAAGAGUACUGGCGUUGGCGGGACGUUAUCUUAUACACAGAAGAGAUUCUACUAGAAGCACUAUGCUUCGACUUUAGGGUAGACCACCCUUUCAAUGAUUUGAUGCGAUUAAUCCAAAAAUAUGCGUCCGAAAACAAAAACCUCACGAAAGUAGCCUGGACCUAUAUCAAUGAUAGUACAAGAAGUAUUUCUUGUUUGCUAUUUCCAAGCAAAGUGAUUGCAGCUGCAGCUUUUCAGCAUGGCCUUGAAAAAACGAAAACAUCACUUCCUUUAGAUAAUGCGGGCAUUCCUUUAUGGCUCAUAGACAUAGACGUUUCGAUGGACGAUAUACAUGCUGUUAUGGACUUGAUUCAUUCUUUGUAUAGGCAUAUCAACAGUGGAAAACCUUUUGUUGCUCAUAGUGAGACCAGACCAGAUUCUCAUUCUACUACUCCUUCAACUGUGGCUACCAACUCUGCUCAGUCGACACCGCAAAAGCAAUUUGGUGCUACAUCCCUUUCUUUUGAAACAGGUUCUAAUGUUGCUACUUCUAGGGCUGAAUCCUCUACCACUUCUCAAGGCGAACAAUCAGAGCAAGAACAGAUUGCUACCCAGACAGACAAAAGUAAAGAAUCUCAGGAAGAGAUGGAAAUUAAUUAGGAAAAAUAUAAUGAAAUUACGUCCUGUUCAGCUCGUCAGU